UGGAAUGGCCGCUCUCUCCAGUACUCACAAAACAUUAGCGAAUGCGACGAAGAUGUCGCGCAGUAUGACAUACGAUCUCACGUGGACUCGGGAGACGGCGUGCAGAGCCACGAGCAGCGGGCUCUCGGAUCACGCAACCGCGCAAGCUCAUGAUGCAUUGCGCCUGUCUGGCCACACGCUUCAACAUGAAUGGCUAGGUACGCGGGCCAAGGCAGCGGUAAGCAUUCAAUUGAGGAGCAAGGAUGGCAACAUCAGCGGUGGACAGCGAUAUAGCUUGCCGGCCUCACAUUUCCUUGACCUCUUCAUCCCGCCGUCUUCCUUGCUUUCUAUCUACCAUUCAAGCAAGAACGAAACCCAGCCAUGGCUCCCAUCGCAGUCGAGGAACCACCCGUGUCCAAUGUGUAUCAUGCCAAAAACGGGCUCAAAACCUCCACUCCCCCUCUUAUCACGCGGCCGAUUCCCUACUCCGGUAGCCUCGAUGAAUACGAGUCGUUCAACGUGACCAACGUCAUCGGCAAGGAGUUCCCCAAGCUACAGAUCAGCGACAUCUUGCACGACGACGCCAAGAUCCGAGAUCUAGCGGUGCUUGUAUCACAGCGCGGUGUCGUCUUUUUCCGCAAUCAGGACCUCAAGAUCGAGGACCAGAAGAUCCUGGGUCAGAAGUUGGGAGAGUUGACUGGCAAGCCUGCUACAUCGACGUUCCACCGUCAUCCACUGCACAACUCCCAGCGAGGUCUUGCCGUCGAUGAGCAUGGAAAAGUAGACGAUGAUGUCUCCGUCCUUGACUCCACCCAAAUGCGCAAGCACUACGACGAAUCCGGCCGCUACGCACCCGCAAGCAAGCUCCUAGCCUCAGAAGGCUGGCACGCAGACAUAACCUUCGAACGCGUCCCCUCCGACUACGCCAUCCUCAAACUCACCCUCCUCCCGCACGACGGAGGCGGCGACACGCUCUGGGCCAGCGGCUACGAAGCCUACGACCGCCUCUCGCCACCCUUCCAGCAGCUCGCCGAAAAGCUAACAGCCACGCACCACCAAGCCGAAUUCAACCGCACAGCAGCAAAAUACAACCUCACCCUGCUUGACAGCAAGCGCGGCAGCCCGGAGAACCACGGGCUGGAUUUCACCGCUUCGCACCCCGUUAUCCGCACGAAUCCCGUCACUGGGUGGAAGAGUCUUUUUGGCGCGGGGCUGCAGGUGCGCGAUGGGUGGAUUGAUGGCGUUGCGCCGCGGGAGAGCGAGAUGCUCAAGGCGUACUUUUUGGAUACGAUUGCGCAGAAUCAUGAUUUGCAGGUGCGCUUUCGCUGGGCCAAGGGGGAUGUGGCGAUUUGGGACAACCGAUCUGUCUUCCACACGUGGACCAAUGACUACGUGGGCAAUCGACAAGGGAAUCGAGUCGUCUCCAUUGGCGAACGCCCAUAUUACGACCCCAACUCGACGGGCAGAAGGGAGGCGCUUCACAACGCGGACAACGCGAGGGGUUGAAAAUGACACGCUUGCCAAAUUGGAGAGAAGA